UGUGUGAUGGAGGACUGGCCUCUGCACAGAAUGUGCACCUCCGAUGGGGACAACAAGGACCUUUUUGCCCUGGCUGCAACUCUGGUGAUCUGGGUGAUUGUGCCUGAGUGCAACAAGGCCAUGAUCCCUUAUUCUGGGCAACUGUUUGUGGCUCUGCUCUCCCAUGUUGUCAUCACCACACAGCAGAUGCCACCAGAGGAAGUUGAUAACUUCUGGAGUGCAUGCCAGGCGAAACACCGCCUUCCCUACGAGCCCAACAGGUUUGCAGUGCAGGCCAUGAAGGAUCUGCUCUGCCGACUGCAGUGUGACCAUGUGGUGGUGGCUAUGGAGCGCAAGGGUGGCUGGGACAUGAUGCUGUGUGCUCACACCCAGCACUAUGCCGUGGGUCUGCUGGCCAGGGAGAUGUGCAAUGUCUUGGUCCCCUUCUGUUCCUGCAUCACGCUCCACUUGCUCCGGCAGCUCAGCAGGGAGGAGCCGUGCUGGGAUCUGCCCUUCCUGGCAUUCCUUGUGGAGGUCCUCGAGCGCCUGGACAUGAGUAAAUGUGGUGGCAGCGUCCUGAAGAUCAUGUCAAGGUACCUCCGGAGUGAAUGCAGUCAGAGGCGUCACCUGGCGCUCAGAGGCCUCGUGGUGCUCAGCAAGGAUCCCUCGAUGGCCAGAAGAAUGUGCAGCGUGUCUCAAAGCCUUCUGCAGCUGCUGGGGGAUGAAGAUAGAGAGGUGGUCAGCAUGAGCCUCCGUGUGUUCACAAAUGUGCUCCAGCACAAAGACAUCCUGGUAUCCAGCACCACUGCCCCGAAGCUGGCUGAGGCUCUCCUGCUGCUCUUUGACCACGACAACAGCCAUGUGCAGUUGCUCUCCAUUCAACUCUUCUGUAAGGUGAUGGACUUGGUAGUGGAUGAGGGAAAAAAGUCCCUGAAGACAAUUGUGAACAAGAGCCUGGACACACUUUUCAUCUACUGUCAUGAUGAGAACUGGCACGUGGCAAAGGCCUCUCGGGAAACGCUGCAUUGUGCAGCCAAGUUUCUGAAGAGGAGAAAUCUCAAACAGCUCCUGGAGAAGGAGCAUCUGUGGAAGUUUGCUGAGGUCCUGUUUUGGUAG